AUGUCGAAGACGCCCAUCCCACUCACUCAUGGCAAAGACACGCUCCUAGAACCCGUUGCCCGUUUAAAUGGUCACGUUUUCGAUACCGACCCAGUUGUUACAUACAUGUUACUCGAAAUGUCGGAAGAGGAACGCCUGGCAUAUCUACCCACCUACUGGUCUACACUAGUCAAGUCGGCAUUACUGAAUGACGCGAUCAUUACCGAGGCAGAUGGCUGGAAAGCGGCAUCUGUGCUUGUACCCCCGGGGAAAUACAUUGAUAAUGCGUGGAAGCUACUGUAUGCUGGGUUUCUCAGUGUUCUGUGGAGGAUUGGUUUCUCGGGUCUCAAGGAGCGUCUUUGGACAGAGUUCUCUGGUAUGACAGACAAUGCGAAAAAGAAAGGUCUGCAUGGUCAGAAGCUAUACUACUAUAUUUUCAGCAUUGGGACUGAGCAUGAACAUCGAGGAAAAGGCCUUGCAAAGGCUAUCAUGAGACAGCAUCAGAAGACGGCUCGAGCUGAGGAUGUCCCCAUCUGGCUUGAAGCGACGAGUCCAAGCUCCCGCGAUUUAUAUCUCUCGUUGGGAUUCCAGGAAAUUGAAGAAAUCAUUCUUGGGAAAGGAAAAGUCAAUGCAGAUGCAACUAGACAGUCAGGUGGGUCUGGGGUACCUCUUUAUGCGAUGGUUUGGUGGCCAAAAGGGACUAAUGCUGCAUUGUGA